ACUGCUGAACAUUAGGUACAUUAUGUUUUAUAUAGAUAUAAACGAAAAAUAGUAUAUAAAAAAUUUGUUGCAGAUAAGAGCAGCCUUCACGUGGUUUACUAUGAUCGAAAACUUGGCAUAUUUCGAAAAUUUGUAAAUAUUUUAGAACAAUUAGAUGGUUUUAGACUAAAAGGAUAUAAAGAGUAUUUAUUUUUGUUUGGUGGAGAAUAUGUGCUUGGUGAAAGAGAAUGGAAUCAUCGUUUCUGGGUAUACGAUUCGAUCAAAGAGACAUGGACAACGAAAUCGAUGAUACCUCCCAGAAAACAUUUUCAAACAUGUAUAGUGGGAUCUAAGGUAUUUAUUUCAGAUGGUAUGAGUGAAUUUUGUGCAGUAUGGGAUCCGACCAUGUUUUGGUAUGACUACAAAACGAACGAAUGGAGCAAAAAAUGCCGCUUUCCAAUACCAUUUAUUGAUCUUGAUAGAUGGCAUAGGUGCUGCAAUUAUUUAGAUACAUUUUUAAUCUUUAGUGUAAGAAAGAAAUGUGCGUUUUUUUUCGAAGAGAAUAUUGGCUGGACGAUGUUGCCCUUGGUAUUCCCGCCCACUCUUGAUCACGAUAUAAAAAAUAUGCUGACUGUGUGCAGAAGGUUGUCGCUUUUUUCAUAUAAGGAUCGACUGUAUUUAAAAGGUAACGGAAUAUUAGAAAUGAAGAUGAUUCGAGAUCGAUUAGAAGUUAUUUCCUUGAAAAGCAUUUCCACUGUUAAAUACGACACAUUAGAAACGACUGUCUGUGACAAUACAGUAUAUACGUUGUACAAAGAACGUACUAUAAACGGCAAUUAUAUGUACACGUUUGAAAAAUUCAACUUAGAUACCCACGAAAUGGAAAUCAUUUUCGACAAACUAAAAGAAGAUACGCUACAAGUAGAAGGUGAAAUUUUUAACUUGGAUCAGUCGCUAAACAUAUUCUCAUUCUCUCACCACAGUUUAUUUGACGAAAACGAAUUAGUGAAUAAAAAUUUAUGA